AUGGAGUGAAGGUGGCCUUUCCCGAUGGUGUUUUCACUCACUAAACUAUCAUUAUUGACCUCCUCGUUGCGAAGGAAAUGUAUUAAACAUUUAUUUUAACCAUAGUUUAGUGUUUUUAGUGAGCGGCUGCCAAAAUGACGGAGGAGGAAGUAAAAGUUCCUGAGGAGAUGUUCAAAGACGUAAAAUUCUAUCCUGUUGGUGAUCUGGAUCCUCAGGUGAUUCAGAUGCUAAAAGCUGGAAAAGCAAAAGAAGUCUCCUACAAUGCCCUUGCUACACAUAUUAUUGCAGAAGAUGGAGACAAUCCUGAAGUUGGUGAGGCCCGUGAAGUCUUUGACCUUCCUAUUGUGAAACCUUCCUGGGUGAUAUUAUCUGUUCGCUGUGGAGCUCGUCUUCCCGAAAAUGGCUUUUCUCCAGAAUCUGGACAGAUAUUUUUUGGUGUAACGGCCUGCCUUUCACAGGUUUCACCAGAGGACCGCAACGCACUCUGGGCAUUAACUACAUUUUAUGGUGGAGACUGUCAGCUAAGUCUCAAUAAAAAAUGUACUCAUUUGAUUGUUCCUGAACCCAAAGGGAAUAAAUAUGAAUAUGCUUUACAGAGAGAGAGCAUAAACAUUGUUACACCAGAAUGGGUCUUGGAUUCUAUAUCUGACAAGACAAAAAAAGAUGAAGCUUCUUAUCACCCGCGACUUAUAGUUUAUGAGGAGGAGGAGGAAGAAGAAGAGGAGGAGGAAGAAGAAGAAUAUGAAGAAAAUGAAGAGCAAGAUUCCCAAAAUGCUAGUGGAGAGGAUAAAUACUCCACUAAGUCCAGUCCAGUUUCAUCUCGGGAAGGAUCUCCUGUGGCCGAUCAAGACUUUUCACCAAAACAAAGCAGCUCUGACAAAAUUAAAGGUGAACUUAUGUUUGAUGAUUCUUCUGACUCUUCCCCUGAAAAACAUGAAAGAAAUUUAAACUGGACUCCUGCAGAAGUUCCCAAAGUGGCAACAGCAAAAAGACAACUUCCGCAGGGCAAAGAUUCGGGACUUAUUAAUUUGUGUGCAAAUGUGCCCCCUGUACCAGGAAAUAUAUUACCUCCUGAAGCCCGAAGUAAUCUUUCAAUGUCCACCCCUGGAGCUCCUGUUUCUGAAAGACAAGAAAUGAUGGCUUUUCGUAGUCCUGCUGUAAGAACUCUAAGAAACAUUACUAACAGUGCUGAAAUACAACAGACUAAUAGGCCGUCCAAUAUAGCACAUAUUCUACAAAACCUUUCUGCCUCUACUAAAAGUUUAGAACAGCAAAUUAACCAUCCCCCCCAAGGUCAUUCAAAUGCAAUGUUGUUUGGGCAAGUAAAACAGUUGGCACAAGAAGCUCAGCAUUUGUUGCAACCAUCACAUCAAACUUCACAACAGCAGCAUCACCCACUAGUACAGCUCCAGCCACAGCAACUUCUUCAGCUGCAGCAACAGCAACAAGUUAAUCAACAGGGUUUUCCACAACAUCAGUUUUCACAGCAGGUCAACCAACAGCACCACUUCUCUCAGUUACAGUUUCCUCAGCAACAAUUACAUUCUAAACAACAGUUACAUCGUCCACAACAGCAAACACUUCAGCACUUUCAACAGCAACAUGCACUGCAGCAACAACAACAAUUGCACCAGUUGCAACAGCAGCAUAUUCAGCAGCAGACACUUCAACAGCAACAGAAUUUGCAGCAAAUUCUUCAGCAGCAGCAGCAAACAUUACAACAGGGUCCUUCACAGCAUCAAAGCCUUCAACCACAACAGGCACUUCAGCCAAGUAUUCCACAACAACAGGUUCUCCAGUCAACAAUGCAACAGCAACAGGCUCUUCAGACAACCCUUCAGCAGCAACAGACACUUCAGACAUCUCUUCAGCAGCAAUCCCUGCAGCCAGGAAUUCAGCAGCAGCAGUCUCUUCAGCAGCAGCAAUCUCUUCAGCAGCAGAAUCAAUCCUUAACACAGAAUCUGCAACAAAGCAUACAACAGAUUCAGCAGCAACAGAAUAUUCAGCAUUUGGCUCUUCAACAGAAGCAACAUAUUCAGCAACACCCCCUUCAGCAACAAAUUCAACCUCACACCCUUCAACAGCAACAUCAGGCCCUUCAGCAGCAGCACCAGAUUCAGACACAGACUUUGCAACAACAGCAGCAGCAUCAAAUUCAGGCACAGACACUUCAGCAACAACAUAAUCAAAUAAAGGUGCAGUCACUACAUCAGCACCAAGUUCAGCCUCUGCAACAGCAUCAGAUGCAGUCACAAACACUUCAGCAGCACCAAAUGCAAGUUCAGCCUCUUCAACAUCAAAUUCAACCUCAAGUUCUUCAGCAACAGCACCAGAUGCAGCAACAAACUCUGCAGCACCAGAUUCAACCACAAAUGAUACAGCAACAAAUACAACAGCAAACACUUAAACAGCAGCAGUUGCAACAACAGACUCUUCAGCAGCAGUUGCAGCAACAAUCUCUUCAGCAGCAGUUGCAGCAACAAUCUCUUCAGCAGCAGCAAAUGCAGCAGCAGUCUAUUCAGCAGCAAAUGCAACAGCAAAAUAUCCAGCAGCAGCCAGCAUUGCAGCAGAAUUCACUUCAGCCUCUACAACAACAGCCCCAGCAGCAGAAACCAACCCUGCAGCAACAGUUGCAGCAACAGAUUCAGCAGCAGCAGAUUCAACGUUUACAGCAGCGACAAAUGCAAAAUCAGGCACAACAGCACCUGAGUCAGAUGCCCCAGCAGUUACAGGUUUCUAAUCAGCAACCACUACAAUCCCAUCAACUUCAUGGCCAUGAUCCUUCCUUAGAAAUUCCAGAAGAAUACUUCUUGUUGGGCUGUGUGUUUGCAAUAGCUGACUACCCAGAACAGAUGUCUGAUAAACAGCUGCUUGCAACUUGGAAACGAAUAAUUCAAACACAUGGUGGUUCAGUGGAUCCUACACUUACAAACAGAUGUACUCACCUAUUAUGUGAAAGUCAAGUCAGUAGUAUGUAUGCCCAGGCCAUGAAAGACAGAAAGCGCUGUGUCACCGCUCAUUGGCUUAAUACAGUUUUGAAAAAGAAGAAGAUGGUUCCUCCUCAUCGAGCUCUCCAUUUUCCUGUGGCUUUUCCACCAGGUGGCAAACCUUGUUCCCAGCACAUUAUUUCAGUGACAGGAUUUGUUGACAGUGACAGAGAUGACUUAAAGUUAAUGGCAUACUUGGCAGGUUCCAAGUACACUGGAUAUCUCUGCCGCAGUAACACAGUUCUCAUCUGUAAAGAGCCUAGUGGAUUAAAAUAUGAAAAAGCAAAAGAAUGGCGGAUACCUUGUGUCAAUGCUCUUUGGCUUUGUGAUAUCCUUCUAGGAAACUUUGAAGCAUUGCGUCAAAUUCAGCAUAGUCGAUACACUGUAUUUAAUCUCCAGGACCCACUUGCACCUUCACCUCAUCUGGUUUCAAACCUUCUAGAUGCUUGGCGAAUUCCAUUAAAGGUAUCACCAGAAAUUCUAAUGGGUAUUCGAAUACCUCUUAAAUCAAAGCAAAAUGAGCCCACUAUUCAACCUAAACGAGCUAGAAUUGAAGACCUACCACCUCCAACUAAAAAAUUGUCUUCAGAUUUAACUCCUCAUGUGAUGUUCACUGGCUUUGAUCCAUCACAAGCCCAGCAAUAUAUCAAGAAACUCUACAUUCUUGGUGGAGAAGUAGCAGAAACAGCACAAAAAUGCACUCACCUAAUUGCCAGCAAAGUUACCAGGACAGUUAAAUUUUUGACUGCAAUUUCAGUAGCAAAGCACAUUGUGACUCCAGACUGGCUUGAUGAGAGUUUCAAAUGUCAGAAGUUUGUUGAUGAGCACAGCUAUGUACUGCGAGAUGCUGAAGCAGAAGUGCUAUUCUGUUUCAGUUUGGAAGAGUCCUUAAAAAGGGCACGUGUCUCCCCUCUUUUCAAGGGGAAAUAUUUUUACAUUACUCCUGGAAUCUGCCCAAGCCUCUCAACAAUGAAAGCCAUAGUGGAAUGUGCUGGUGGGAAAGUCUUGACUAAACAGCCGUCUUUUCGCAAAAUUAUGGAGCAUAAGCAAAACAAGAGUUUAGCGGAAAUAAUCUUGAUAUCUUGUGAAAAUGAUCUUCACCUGUGCCGAGAAUAUUUUGCAAGUAGUAUAGAUGUCCAUAAUGCAGAAUUUAUUCUGACUGGCGUGCUCACACAAUCUUUGGAUUAUGAUUCAUAUAAAUUUACAUGAAGGGUUAUCAAAACCCUAUUACUUCCCAGACCUUGAAGCACAUUGUUUAGCCAAUCAACUAGAAGAUAAAUGGAACUGCUGUUCUUGCUGAAUUUUUUUAUUUUAAUCAAUUUUCCUGUCAAAGGCACAGCAGUAAUCAGGGAAAUGAAAGAAUUAUGUACAUCUUUUUUUAGGAUGUGUACUUUGUUUAAAAAAUAAAAUAAAAAAAAACAUAAAUUAUUAUGUUCUGUAUCAUAGUAUGGUUGUAUGAGCCCACAAGAGGUUUAAAGAAGCUUUUUUUUUUUUUAUUGCGGAAAUGUAAAAUAAUGAAGGUACUUAAAGUAUUUUGUGGGGUGGGCAAAUCUUUUGUUAAAUAAUGAAAAUAGAAUAAACAUUUUGUAUUAUUUUGUAUUUGUAAAUCUAAAGUUCAUUUUUAUAUUGAUAUUUCCAAAGGUUAAAAUAAAUAUACUUUGGCUCUA